AUGAAAGAUCUCCAAUCAUUAGACCUUUUUGACGUAAAUGGAAUGAUGUAUGAUCAAAGAUUAUCACUUUUAGGACAAACCUCGAUUCUCCAGGACUGGACGCCAAUUCGGGCAACUAUUGGUUUAAAUGAUUCGUUAACAUACACAUUUGACGUUAAUUAUACCUCUCCAGGAUUGGCACAUUCUUUUGAAGUCAUGGUUUUUAUUAGUGCAGCCAUUUGUGAAAUGCCAGAUUCCUUAGAAUUUAGCUCUCAGAAAAAUGGAUUGAGUCUUUACUACACAUUUGAGUCUAACGUUGCCAAUCUUUCCGCUAUGAAUCGUAUAUCUUUUGUGAAUGGUUAUGCUGAAGGACUUGCAAGCAGCGAUGGAGCGGAGAAUCACAGAGUAUUAUACGUUACAAUAAAACCAGAUGAUUGUGAAAGUUGCACUUUGAAUGAUACAUGGAUAUAUGAAUUGGGUCUUUCUCAGAGCGAUCUUGUUUUUCAAUAUGAUAAUAACCCUAUCAUUUCGGUGGCUGAUACGGAUUUCGACUCGGCCGCUUUUUCCGCGGAGAAUCUCACAUUCAGAAAUGAUUCUACAUAUACGGUAUAUCUAUACAACCGGUCACAGUAUACAUCCUUAUCACGUCUUAAUCAAAGUUGGUGUGCUAUAGCGAAUGCCGAUGAAUACGUCAAGCAAUAUCCUUUGGAAUCAUCUGCUGUUGUGAGUGAAAAGAAAUUCUUUUCCGUUACAGAUUUGCAGAAGUCAACAAAUUAUACAGGGGUGCUUUUGCAAACAUUCAAUACGGUGAAUUAUGGUGGCUCUGUUUACAAACUUUUCAACUUUUCCACAAUGGGUUCCAACGCUUGUAAAGUAAUUUACGGCCUUGACUUCUGCGAUGAGGUUGCGUACGCUGCUCCUGCUUCAAGAAAUUUGACCAAUGGUCAACAAACCGUUCAGGAAUUGGCCAGUAUUUACGAUAAUUACACAAAAGAGUUGUAUCAGCAGUUUGACUAUGCACUGCAACAGAUACCUUGUGAUGCGCAUUUGGAUUCUAGAUACUCUCCGAUCAGAACAUGUGAGAACUGCCGUUAUUCCUACAAACAAUGGCUUUGUUCGGUAACGAUUCCAAGAUGCUCUUCCGAGGAGCAGGAAGGUUAUAAGAGAUACAAUUCCUCAGAGGGCAGGAACUCUUUUAUUGCAGAUACAAUUGAUCCGCCUCUUUCUUACUAUGAGAUAUUACCAUGUAUAUCUAUGUGCAAUGCCAUAGUCAGGGAUUGUCCAUCUGACUUUGGUUUUGCAUGCCCCAUAAGAGAUGAUUUUCUAGGAGUGAGUUAUGGGGUCAAUUCUGACGAUGCUAGUAAUCUAACCUGCAAUUAUGUGGGAAACAAUGAUAUGGAUUCUGACAAUUUGGAGGAGCAAGUUUCUACCGGAGGUGCGGCAUUAAUUUCACCUUCUUUUUCGAUUAGAAUGAUGUACAUUGCAGCAAUUCUUUUCUACCUUAUUUAA